AAAAAAAAUAAGAUCAAAAUAAGUAUGUAUUUAAUAUUCCUCCGCGAAGAAAACGCUAAAUAAAAUUAACUCUGUGUAUGUCCAACAACAUAUACAUAUAAUCCAGCAAAAUGCUGCAUCGUUAGCACUGAUAGGCACGCUGCCAGGAUUAGGUUUUCGAUUGAACAUUUAAACAAUAUUAAACAAUUAUUUGAUUGACUUUAAAGGCAACAAAAACAAAUAUGGAUCUUUACGACGAUAUAGACAAAGCUAGAGCUAGUCAAAUAGAUGGCUGGUCAUCGGGCAUCAAAAUGCUGCAAACUCAGCUCGCAGUUAAAAAGGCGCAGCUCCCCAAGCCGAAGGAGCCGAUUAAGAAACCGCUAAUGACACCACUGGUAAAUCUGCGCGCCAAGCGCCCUGCGGACUCGGAAACUCCCUCCUUUGCACCCGUGACUGUGUCGGUGGCCAAACCUAUCAUUUCCGCCACCGUUCUGCCACCAACGGUCCUUGAAUGCGUAAAAAAAGACGACUGGGACUUUGUGGAUGAGUACGAUCCGCAGUGGCCAAACGAGUAUGAGAAGCUAAAAGAAAAAGCAAAGAACAGUGACAAGUCGAGAAACAGUGCCGUCGGCGCCGGCGGCGUAGGAAGCGGCCGCGAAGACCGAGAUCGGGAUAGGGACAGAGAACGAAAGCGUGGUCGCGGUGGACGCAGGGAAAAUCACAGGGAUGACAGCUCACCACCGUCAAUGAAGUUCAGCGGAUUUGGACAGCGGCAAAGCGACGAGGACAAGUACAGUCCCCCACCCCCAGGAUCUGUCGCAAAACAAGGUGGAGGCGCUGCCAUCGCUCCCCCACCGUCACUGCAAGAGAUAUCCAUCGACAAUGGAGACGGUUCCUCCAAUGUAACAAUACCCUACUCAGCGAGUUCAGUGGCUGCCAAGAUAAUGGCCAAGUAUGGCUUUAAGGAUGGGCAAGGCCUUGGAAAAUCAGAGCAGGGAAUGUCAAUGGCCUUGCAGGUGGAGAAGACCUCAAAGCGUGGUGGUCGCAUCAUUCACGAAAAGGAGUUGUUCGUGGGCCCACAAUCCACGUCGCCUCCAUCAGCGUCAAGUCCAGGCCAUAUGGCUAUGCCACCGCCGCAGCUUCCACUGACAGCGACUGCAUCUGCUGCCCCUGAGCCUGUGCCCAGCAUAACAGAAAUAAUGAAAGAUCCCAGUAAAGUGGUCUUGCUACGAAACAUGGUGGGUCCUGGCGAUGUAGAUGAGGAGCUUGAGCCAGAAGUGAAGGACGAGUGCAACACAAAAUAUGGGGAAGUGAAUAGUGUUAUCAUCCAUGAAGCAUUUGGAACUACGCCGGAAGAUGCCGUCAAAAUAUUUGUUGAAUUCAAGCGCAUUGAAAGCGCCAUUAAAGCUGUUGUAGAUCUUAACGGACGUUUUUUCGGGGGACGCCAGGUGCGAGCUGGAUUCUACAAUUUUGACAAAUUUAAAAGUUUUCAAUUAAAUUAGUAUUUGGUACAAACAACAACAAA